AUGGAGGCUGCUGGGAGGCUGAUUGGAAAUUGGUCCAAUGGUGUUGCGAUUGAUUUGCAUGCUGCCUACGAGUUCCUUCGGGUGAAGGGUCAAGUCAAAGUUUGGGCAAAAUUCGUGUGGAACCCGUGCCUUAUUCCGAAGCAUAGCUUUUUGCUGUGGUUAUGCGCUAGGGGUCGUUUACUCACUCGUGACAGGUUGCUGUUCCUGGAUAUUGAUAGGGCCUGCCCUUUUUGCUGCGUGGUUGAGGAGUCUUCAGACCAUUUAUUUUUCCUAUGUUCUUUCAAUAGAGCUGUUUGGUUGCAGAUUAAAGUGUGGUUUGGGAUGUCCAGAGUCAUGUCAUCUAUUUCAAGCGCCAUUAAAUGGAUUAGCAAGGACGCCAAGGGCUCCUCAUGGAUUUGCAAAGUUAAGAGAAUUGCUUUAGCUUGCUCAGUCUACCAGAUUUGGGGAGCUAGGAAUUGUCUAAUUUUUUAUGGCAUUCGUCCUACCGUCGAAGGCCUUGUUUGUAGGAUUAAAACCUUUGUAUACAAAGUAAUGUUCACUAUGUAUCCCCAGGUUUUAAUUCAUUUUGAGGCUUUAGCCAGUGAUCGUUCGUUGUUUGUUGGCUUCGGCCUUGUGCCCGGGUAUGCCCGGUGUACAUUGUACAUUUUUUGA